GCUCGGUUAAAUGUAAACACCUCGACCGCACAAAGAUAGCACAGCCGCUCCGUUGCUUUUAAAAAUUAGGGGAAAGAGGCGCCGUGUAGCAGACUGGUUUCCGGCCGAUUCCUUUUGUGUUUGUCACCCCUCCUACACACGUUUGGGAAAUUCCCUCCACAUGUAUAGUGGUUUGUGAGUGUUGGGGAGCCCGAUGGGGUUGAGUUCGCAGCUCGGGAUUAUGCACUAGACUGCCGAGAGUUCCAUGGAGGAAAGUGUGAUUAGGAAUACUUUGGGAAUACGCGGAAUUAUCGCCUCUGAGAGGAGUCUGCAGUGGGGCUGCUGUGAUUGUGUGUUGAACUAGGAGAAAUUUGAUUUGAGACUGAGGUUGAGUUUCUCAGAUCGCAGUGUCCGAUUGUGUUUGUGCAUAUAUUUGUUUUCAUGCGUGUCCGUAUGAUCUGAUCCAAUCGUGACUGGGCGGCGCUCAGGGGUGGAGCUCCAGUGAGGGGCACAAAUCUACAGGCUGCAGCCUCUCAAACAUGAGCAAACUGACUUUCCACAAUAACAAGAUGAUGCAGGACCGCCGGUGUGUGUGUGUGUUCCUCCCGAAUGAUGAAACGCUCAAUGUAAUAGUCAGUGUUAAGACCGUGUGUCAGGAGUUGUUGGUGCAGGUCUGUGAUCUGCUCAGGUUGAAGGACUGCCAUCUGUUUGGCCUCAGUGUUAUUCAGAACAAUGAACACAUAUACAUGGAACUGGGACAGAAACUGUCUAAAUACUGUCCAAAAGAGUGGAAACGGGAAGCCAGCAAGGGUAUUGACCAGUUUGGACCUCCAAUGAUUGUUCACUUCAGAGCACAGUAUUAUGUUGAAAAUGGCAGACUUAUCAGCGACCGCGUUGCACGGUAUUAUUAUUACUGGCACUUGCGGAAGCAGGUCCUGCAGUCUCAGUGCAUCCAGAGAGAGGAGGCUUAUUUCCUUCUGGCUGCGUUUGCGCUUCAGGCUGACCUAGGAAACUUCAAACGGAACAAACACUUUGGUGCCUAUUUCCAGCCGGAAGCUUAUUUUCCCUCCUGGGUCAUUGCAAAGAGAGGAUGUGACUAUAUUCUUCGCCAUAUUCCCAACAUGCACAAGGAACAGUUUGCCUGUACAGCCUCAGAGGCUCAGCUUAAGUACAUAAAGGAAGCAGCACUCUUAGAUGAUGUGGCUGUUCAUUAUUACCGCCUUUACAAGGAUAAGAAAGAGCUGGAUGCCUCUUUAACUCUGGGACUGACCUUACGUGGGAUUCAGAUUUUUCAGAAUGUGGGAACAGUCAGGCAACUCUUGUACGAUUUUCCCUGGACCAAUGUAGGAAAGCUGGUGUUUGUGGGUAAAAGGUUUGAGAUUCUCCCUGAUGGUUUGCCAUCUGCCAGGAAGCUGAUGUACUACACAGGCUGUCCUCUGCGCUCUCGACACCUCCUCCAGCUGCUCAGCAACAGCCAUCGACUGUACAUGAACCUGCAGCCUGUGCUCAAACAGGUGCGGCGGCUGGAAGAAAAUGAAGAAAAGAAGCAGUACCGGGAGUCGUAUAUCAGUGAUGCUCUGGAGGCGGACAUGGAUCAUUUGGAGCAGCGUUCACGUGCCAGCGGCAGCAGUGCGGGAAGCACAUCGCGACCCAAUCCCUUUUCACGGCACUCCACCACAAGUCAUGGCAGCUCCCGCACAUCCGGCGUCGACACAGACAGUUUCCGGACCCCUACAAACACACCCCACCGUCCGCUGAGGACACACUCGUCUUCCAACACCAGUCAUGCCAGCACACACACGUCUGGCAUCGAGAGCAGCAGCAAAGAGCACUGCCUGGAUGAAGACGAGAUCGAGAUGUUGGUUGAUGAUCCUAAAAGUUGUGAAGAUCUUGAUGAUUUAGAGCUCAGCCAGGAAUUGUGCAUCCACAUCACAGAGGACAUGCUGUCUGCACAGAACAACGGAUGCUCCGGGUUAGUGGUGAAGGAAGUCAGCUCCUCCACAUCCAGCUCAUCAGAGACUGUAGUGAGAAUGAGAGGCCAGAGCAUUGAAUGUCUCCCUCAGACGGCGAUGGGCAGGAAGGGUCAGAGCUCCACAGACCGGCACAGCCAAUCACUGGAUGAUGUUCGCCUCUUCCAGAGGGACUGUCAGCAGUGGGCGGAGCUCUGCCAGGACACCGCACACAGCUAUACAUUCGGCUGCGAGCCAGACCUCGGAGGAACGGUCGGCUGUGGAUAUCAGGGACUUGCCGAUCAGUGUGCUGGCAUCCGGAAUAACCAGCACGCAUUCCCCAUCAAGAGAACCAGCAAGUAUUUCUCUCUGGAUCUAGACCGAGAAGAUCUGACCACCGGCCACCUGACCACAGAAGCAGAACCAGAAUUUGUGGUGUAAGGCAGAUAGAAUUGUAAAAGUGCCCGAGAACAAAUGAAGGGAUGGGAAAAUACGGAAAUCGUGUGAUUAUCUGCUCACUCUUAUGUCAUUCCAGAGACCUUCCUAAAUUUCUUUUUGUGGAACAGAAAUUCUGAUGGCUGUGCUGGUUGCAUUUUUCAAUGCUGUUACAAUAAAAAAGGAUGCAAAAGCUAUCAUAAACGUAAUCUUGUGUGGCAUCAUCUUUAAAGAUGUCAAUUUAUGACAAGCUUUAAAACAUAACGAGUGUGUACUCGAUGUACUAUUUAUGUGGAUACAAUUAUAUUCUUGUUUUAUUAACAUCUAAAAGCAAUUUCAGCACAAAAGAAUCUAUAAAAUCUUAAGUUAUGAAGUUUGUGUGUCCAUUAUAUAUUUAAAAUUGUUAUCAUUUACUUGCCACCUUGUUUUUUUCAGACAUUAAGGCAUUUUUGUCUGCAGAGCACAAAAAAAAAUACAUUUUUGAAGAAUGUUGAUUUCCAAAUAGUUUGGUUACCAUUGAUUUCCUGUGUCUUUUUGUCCAUCAAGUGGAAACCGAAACUCAAGUUGUCAACAUUCCUCAAAGUAUUUCUUUUUCUGUUCUACAGAGCAAAGACAUGCAGGGUGAGCACAUGAUGACUGAAUGAAAUAGUUCUUCCAAAAACAAACAUUACCUCAUCCUUUACUUACAUCCUUAACCAAUGGAAUUCCUGAAAGGCCGCAGCUCUGCAUAGUUUAGCUCCAACCACCCCCUACUCGCACCUGCUUAAUAGUCUUUAGUAGUCUUGAACACCUUGAUUAGUUGGAUCAGUUGUGUUUGAUUAGGGUGGAUUAGCAAAACUGUGCAGUGCUGCGGCUCUCCAGGAAUCAAGUUUGAGACCUGUUUUAAACUUUUACAAGUUUUUUUCUCUAUGAAAGUCAGUGGGUACCAACUACCUUCAUCUUUCAAAAUAUCUGUAUAAAGAAAGAAAGAAAUCAAACAAAAAAGCUUUUGAACGAGCCAAGGAUGAAUAAAUGAUGGCAGAUUUAAUAUUUUUGGGUAAACUAUCCCAUUGAAUUUACAUUUUUGAGUUGACUAUACCUUUAAAUUCAAUAUGGCAUCAACUCUUGACUAUUAUUUCAAAUCUUUUUUCAUGAUAAACUUUAUAUCGUUAUUCAAAUCCUUUAAAGCCAUAUAAGCACUUUUAUGGAUUUCAGGUGCUACUUAACACUGAUAUGAUAGGUUUUAUGAGAACACUUACACAAGUUCUAGUUACUAUUUAAUUGUAGUUUACAGAAAAGAGCAACAGGUACAUGCUGCUAAAUAUCUCCUGUGUUCCACAAGGAAACAAGUCAUACAGGUAUGGAUUUUGGAAUGACAUUACAGUGAAUAAAUGAUGACAGAAUCUUUCAUUUUUGGUUGAACUAUCCCUUUAAGGUCAUUUAGUUUGCAUCGGUAUUAAAAAAAAAAUCAAGGGAAUUUGCAUCAUGAAAAUGCUCAAAACCAAGAAAAAAGCUGCCUUACCAAAGUGUGUGUGUUUGUGUGUAAACCCUCAGUGCCUUGAAUUCACUAUGCAGUUUUUCUGAAUAUAAAACUAAAGUUUCUGCACUCCCUUGUACUUCCAGCAGCCUUGUCGACGAAACGCCCCAGUCCCGUCUCCAAGAAUAACACUAAACCUAAUGAGCUUUUUGGGAUUGUGGUACUGAAUCAUGUGUGCAUCAUAAUCAGAGGGCCUGGUGCCGGGUGUGUCGAAAGACUGAUGGGAAUUUCAUUCUCUUGAUGUAGAGACGUUUGCGCACAAACCGCCUAAUCAAGGGGGGAAAAGAAAAUCUAAAUCAAGUCUUUCAUAGGCUUCCCCAGUAUCUUAAUCUGUCUUUUGCCUUUAUGUCAAACUGGAAGUUAAUAUUUCUUUAUUAUGUAGUUUUCUAAAGAAUGACUGCUGCGUGUGUGUGUGUGUUUUAAUGGUGUGUUGCCUGUCAGUAUUAAGCUGUUAAUGGGAGACAGUAUUAGAAGCCUUAUAUAAAGGUUGCAACAUUCUAUUCUUUCAUCUAAGCAAGAAAGCGUGUGCGCACUCCAUUCAAAGGAAGGUAGACCCUAAACAUGAAGUAGAUGAGUGCAGUUUUGCUCUUCUUUGCAUAGGUGCAUGACUUUAUUACCUGUAGAUGUCCUGAUCAGUCUUCACAUUCAUCCCUGCCCCUUUGAAAAGCAGCAGUGGGUUCGAAAUGGCCGUCUUAACAGUAAUUUUGGUUGCUGCUGGAGUUCAUGGAGACUAAACGCUUGUGUCGGAUGAUAACCCAUCAUACUUGGGCUCCACGUACUGUUAACUCUUUGUCUGCAGCUAGACUUUGUCCUUUCUGUGAAAGGAAUUCCCUAUGUGAAAGUGAAAUAAUUAUUUUCCCCAGUUCCUUUGCAGACCCAUUCGACUCUGUACGCUCAUGGAAGUGUAUUCUGUGCCUUGCAGGUGCCAAAGUCCUCAAAUGUUUGCAAUAAAAGGUACCUUCAUUUGUAA